AUGGGUGUGGUCAUCUCUAAAACCGGUGUUUUAACGCCCAUCUCUGUUGCCAGCAUCAUCAUCGGCUUCGUCUCUUUCGCAUUCACAGUAGCAACAUUUCUGCGAGUGCUAUGGACAAAUUUCAUGACCCUCGGCGAGGCACCGCACGAGGUUCAUGCUUACCUUACGAAUCUCCGGACUGAGCUGCUGGAAGAAAGAGCGAACCUGAAAGUCAUGAAGAAGAACUACCGCAGGCACCACAAGCUUAUACAGCAAGGAGGCCGUGGUAGCAGAGUAGACAGUGGAAUGGAACUGGACGAUGUGACGAUUAAGACUAUGAAUGACACAAUAAGAUAUCUGAUCAAGCGGUUCAAAGAAAUCGAGAAACCUUUCCUUGAGCCUGGCGAGCUGGGCAUCAGUGGCGAUACGAAUCCGCGGAAAAGAAGGCGAAGAAGUCGGUCUGAGAGCCCGUACGAUCAGUCGUAUAACUCUCCACCCGAGAAGGCACAUGGUCGAGGAAGGUACGACGACGAUGUCAAGGAUCCGAGAAUGUCUCGGUACGCGGACGAGCGUGGCAUUGAUGAGGAUGAUGACAAGUACUGGGCCCAAAGGACGCAGUAUGCACAGUACAGUUUCAAGAAGCGAAUGACAUGGCUGUACAAGAAGGGAGAUGCCCAGUCUCUGUUCGAGGCGUUGACCCGGGUGCAGACUAGGCGAAUAGCACGGCAGGUCGCAGGAAUUUCUUGCCUCGUUCAUGAGUAUGGAAGCAGUACCCUGGAGAUGCAGGAUUCGGUCAGACGAAUUGAUGAAAGGAUGUCUCGCUUCGUUGGCGUAAGGAGAGUGGACGAUUGA